CUUUCCCUGGGAAGAGGCUCAGCUCAGAGGGAGACAGCACAGCAGAGCUGACCCUCCUAAGCAGCCUGCUUGGGAGCCUGUGUUGAGCCAAAUUUUUCUCCACAGACGGAGGACAGAGUCCAGACCAUGGAGCGCCGCACAGCCACUUCCUACAGAGGAUUUGUUCCCUGGCAGGGGCUCUUGCUUACAGCAUCACUGUUGACCUUCUGGAGCCCACCCACCACUGCUCAACUGACUAUUGAAUCGGUGCCUUUCGAUGCUGUUGAAGGGGCAGAUGUUCUUCUAGUUGCCCACAAUUUGCCAGAGAACGUUUUAGGCUAUUCAUGGUUCAAGGGGAAUACGACUGCUUCUGACAAUAUGAUUAUACGGUAUGUGACAAACAAUAAUAUCAAUGUAACAGGGAAGGCAUACAGCAAUCGAGAGACAAUAUACCGCAAUGGAUCCCUGCUGAUCCAGAACGUCACUCUACAGGACUCAGGAUUCUACACCCUACGAAUCACAGAUGAAACUUUAGACACUAAAGACACAUAUGGACAGUUCCACGUACACCCAAUCUUACCCAAACCCUACAUCACAGUCAACAACUCCAGCCCUGUGGAGGGUGAAGAAGCCAUCGCACUGACAUGUGAACCCGAGACUCAGAACACAGCCUACCUGUGGUGGAUAAAUGGUCAGAGCCUUCAAGAAGGUGAUAGGCUGAAACUAUCUGAUGGCAACAGGAGUCUCAUUUUGUUGAAUGUCAUGAGGAAUGACACAGGACCCUAUGAGUGUGAAACCCGGAAUCCAGUGAGUUUCAACCGAAGUGACCCAGCCUUCCUGAAUAUUUCCUAUGGUCCAGAUGCUCCCAUCAUAUCACCCCCAGAGUCAUAUUUCCGUCGAGGGACAAACCUCAGCCUCUCCUGCCAUGCAGACUCUAACCCACCCGUACAGUAUUCCUGGCUUGUCAACGGGAGCCUCCUGCAAUCCACGCAGGAGCUUUCUAUCCCAAACAUCUCUGUAGAUGAUAGUGGAUCUUACACCUGCCUCGUCUCUAACCCUGCCACUGGCCUCAAUACGAGCACAGUCAAGGAUAUUACAGUCAUUGCACCUGUGAUGCAACCCUUCAUCCAGGCCAGCAACACCAUCAUCACAGAAAAUGAUUCUGUGGUCCUCACCUGCCUCUCAAAUGACACUGGCAUCUCCAUCCAGUGGAUCAUCAAUAACCAGGAUCUGCAGCUCUCAGAGGGGAUGAAGCUGUCUGAGAAAGACAGCAUACUCACCAUCCACCCUGUCAAGAUUGAGGAUGCCGGGGAGUAUCAGUGUGAGGUCUCCAACCCGGUCAGUUCCUACAGGAGCCACCCCCUCAGACUGGAUGUUUUCCGGAUCCUACCCAAACCCUACAUCACAGUCAACAACUCCAGCCCUCUGGAGGGUGAGGAAGCCGUAGCACUGACAUGUGAACCCGAGACUCAGAACACAACCUACAUGUGGUGGAUAAAUGGUCAGAGCCUUCAAGAAGGUGAUAGGCUGAAACUGUCUGAUGGCAACAGGAGUCUCAUUUUACUGAAUGUCACAAGGAAUGACACAGGACCCUAUGAGUGUGAAACCCGGAAUCCAGUGGCUUUCAACCGAAGUGACCCAGUCUCCCUGAAUAUUUCCUAUGGCCCAGAUGCUCCCAUCAUAUCACCGCAAGAGUCACAUUUCCGUCAAGGGACAAACCUCAGCCUCUCCUGCCACGCAGACUCCAACCCACCUGCACAGUAUUUCUGGCUUGUCAACGGGAGCCUCCUGCAAUCCACGCAGGAGCUCUCUAUCCCUAACAUCUCUGCAGAUGAUAGCGGAUCUUACACCUGCCUCGUCUCUAACCCUGCCACUGGCCUCAAUAGGAGCACAGUCAAGGAUGUUACAGUCAUUGCACCUGUGACAAAACCCUACAUCCAUGCCAGCAACACCAUCAUCACAGAAGAUGAUUCUGUGGUCCUCAACUGCCUCUCUAAUGACACUGGCGUCUCCAUCCAGUGGAUCUUCAAUAACCAGGAUCUGCAGCUCUCAGAGGGGAUGAAUCUCUCCGAGAACAACAGCACCCUCACCAUCGACCCUGUCAAGAUUGAGGAUGCCGGGCAGUAUCAGUGUGAGGUCUCCAGCUCGGUCAGUUCCAACAGGAGCGACACCCUCUGGCUGCAAGUUUUCAGGAUCCUACCCAAACCCUACAUCACAGUCAACAACUCCAGCCCUCUGGAGGGUGAGGAAGCCGUAGCACUGACAUGUGAACCCGAGACUCAGGACACAACCUACCUGUGGUGGAUAAAUGGUCAGAGCCUUCAAGAAGGUGAUAGGCUGAAACUGUCUGAUGGCAACAGGAGUCUCAUUUUACUGAAUGUCACAAGGAAUGACACAGGACCCUAUGAGUGUGAAACCCAGAAUCCAGUGGCUUUCAACCGAAGUGACCCAGUCUCCCUGAAUAUUUCCUAUGGCCCGGAUAUCCCCAUCAUAUCACCCCCAGAGUCAUAUUUCCGUCAAGGGACAAACCUCAGCCUCUCCUGCCAUGCAGACUCUAACCCACCCGUACAGUAUUCCUGGCUUGUCAAUGGGAGCCUCCUGCAAUCCACGCAGGAGCUUUCUAUCCCAAACAUCUCUGCAGAUGAUAGCGGAUCUUACACCUGCCUCGUCUCUAACCCUGCCACUGGCCUCAAUAGGAGCACAGUCAAGGAUGUUACAGUCAUUGCGAUCUUAUCCAAACCCUACAUCACAGUCAACAACUCCAGCCCUCUGGAGGGUGAGGAAGCCGUAGCACUGACAUGUGAACCCGAGACUCAGAACACAACCUACCUGUGGUGGAUAAAUGGUCAGAGCCUUCAAGAAGGUGAUAGGCUGAAACUGUCUGAUGGCAACAGGAGUCUCAUUUUACUGAAUGUCACAAGGAAUGACACAGGACCCUAUGAGUGUGAAACCCGGAAUCCAGUGGCUUUCAACCGAAGUGACCCAGUCUCCCUGAAUAUUUCCUAUGGCCCGGAUGCCCCCAUCAUAUCGCCCCCAGAGUCACAUUUCCGUCAAGGGACAAACCUCAGCCUCUCCUGCCAUGCAGACUCUAACCCACCUGCACAGUAUUCUUGGCUUGUCAAUGGGAGCCUCUUGCAAUCCACACAGGAGCUCUCUAUCCCUAACAUCUCUGCAGAUGAUAGUGGAUCUUACACCUGCCUCGUCUCUAACCCUGCCACUGGCCUCAAUAGCAGCACAGUCAAGAAUAUUACAGUCAUUGAGCCAGUGUCGCCACCCUCUAUCCAGGCCAGCAACACCACUGUCACAGAAGAUGAUUCUGUGGUCCUCACCUGCCUCUCAAAUGAUACUGGCAUCUCCAUCCAAUGGAUCUUCAAUAACCAAGAUCUGCAGCUCUCAGAGAGGAUGAAACUGUCUGAGGAAGACAGCAUCCUCACCAUUGACCCUGUCAAGAGCCAGGAUGCCGGGCAGUAUCAGUGUGAGGUCUCCAAUCCUGUCAGUUCCAACAGGAGCGAUGCCCUCUGGCUGGAUGUUUUCCAAAAAGAAAGUUCUGGUCUCUCCGUGGGGGCCAUUGUCGGCAUCGUGAUUGCAGCUGUAGCUGUGGUGGCUCUGAUAGCCGGCCUGGCAUAUUUCCUGUUUUUCAGAAAGACUGGCAGGGCAAGCGACCAGCAUGAUCUCACAGAGCACAAACCCUCAGUCUCCAAUCACAGUCUGGGCCCCUCUGAUAACUCUCCUGACAAGGUGGAUGAAAUUGCAUAUUCUUCCCUGAGCUUCGAUAAUCUGCAACCAAAACAACCAAUUUCAGACUCGCCGGUUCCCACAGUACCAGAAACAGUUUAUUCAGAAGUGAAAAAAAAGUGACUCAACCUAUGCUGUCACAGCACUGCUGACCGACUCCAUGGCCUCCCUAGAGAUUUCUUUACACUGGGAGGAAAAGGAAAAGCAGCCCCCUACUCUGUCCUGACACAUGCAGCACCUACAGGCUGCAAGGCCUCCCUCCAAUGUCAAUAAAUGAAAAGGUACAUCGGGGACUCUGUAGGGAAGUCCACUUCAUGGUCACUGAAAGCUGGCAGAGCCAAUUUUGGGCAAGAGUUGCCAGAACUUCCUUGGCUCUCCUUGUCCCAUACUAGAUUUAUUUUAUAGUUAUUUAUUCAUAGCAUACUCAUUUCUUCCUAUCCCAUUUCUGUCCUGUCAGGGUGUAACUUUAAUUUGCCAUCAUUUGAGGGUUAUUUCCCUUUCCACUUAAGUGCAUGUGCCAAAAGAAAAAAAAGAGAGAGAGAAAGUAAAAUCAAUAAUGGCUUUCCUUUCUCUCCAAAUUCUCAUGUGAACCUGCCAUACUCAAGAAAGUCAAAUAUGCAACUAAUAGUGCCCUGGGAAAUACUGUAUUAUUAUCUCCUGUCACGGGGUCUAAACUCCUUGCUGAUUUGCUAGAAUAUCACCUAAGCCUUAUGGCAAGCCCAUCUCCAGAGAAUCCACUAAAAACAACUAGGGACAUGAUUUGCAAGUACUCCCAAUGGAAAAUGCAAGAGUGCACAUACAUCCUUAACACCUAAGAGGGCUUUAUUCAAGGAAGUGCCUGGAAAAGAGGAAACUACAGCUUUAUGAGGGAAUUCAACUUUGAAAAAAUGCCAUCUGCUGGGAACUCGGAAGAAGAACAGAGUUGUCCUUCAUUAUUUAAAAUCAUUGGUAAAGAAUUCACAACUAGAGGCAUGUGAUCUCUGCAUUAGUGUUACUUAGCAUUAAUUUUCCCCUAUUCUGAGACAUUCUAUGACUUUAAAUUUUGUAACUGCUUACUUCACUGAAAAGGGUUAUUUUUACUUAGCUAUGUAAGCUGAUCUGGCUGCUUUGGUAUAUAGGAAGCCACCAAAUAUCCCUCAGGCCCCCUUGGCCCAGAGCCUCUCAAGGCUUUUUUAUCAAAGGCUUCAAGAAAAAAUAAAAAGAAGUUUUGCUCGUUCAUGCCAGACACGGACCUGGUUAGGUUUCCAACCACGUCAGACCAGCUGCCUUUCCCCUCCAUGUUGCCUCCUGUGCAUUCUCUACCUGUCUGCCCUAGUGUCUCAGGAAACCGUGGCCUCUGCCAGGGUGUGUUUGAGCCUUGCAAAGUGGGAGCUCCCUAAAGGGAACCAUAGGCUCCUACUGAUGGAUUUGUUUACAACCUGGGAAACUGCACUGGUGCUGAUGCCCCUUAGGAAUGAGGAUCACAAGAGGCCAUGAGGGUGUAGGGGUUACCCGACCCUGGUUUUUCUGAUCAGCCUCUGAAACUUACCUUUUCUCCCAUGGGCUCUAUGAGUCCCAGUGGGACUUAAAAUAAAAAGGGACAAGAGAAGGAAGGCAAAUGUCCUCUACAAGGAGCCUUUUCGUACACAGAUGAAACAUCUUUAGGGCUGGAGAGAAAGGUUUAAUUGAAGGCUUAUUUGAAGGUUUAUUUGAUGUUCACUGUUCCAUCACAUGCUAUGCCUAACAGGUCCACUCUAAGAGAAUUCAUUGGGAGUUCUCCAACUCAGGUACCUCUUCCAGGGAUUUCUAGCCCUGACGCUGACUGUGGACUUUCCCUCCUCUGUCUGUGCUGGAUUAUUUAAUUUAGCCUGGCUAAAGCCACUUCUGAUUCUUUGUAAAAUUUUCUCUAUAUUUAUAAUAAAAAUAUAUAUCAGACAUCGA